AUGAAGAUCGCGGUUUGGGAUAUGAAUGGACAAUGCAUGCAUACCCUAAUCUGCUUUGGCGGUGAUCCUGGUGAUGUCGGUCAGGUCGUAAUAUUAAAGAGAUGUGUGAUCGUAAUGGGCAGUUCGAACCACUUCACAGUCUUCCGAAUGACAAAUUUCAGGGACCAUUUCGUUUAUCCAUCGGAGUGGAGUGGCGGACCGGAGCACGAAGACGAUGUGCUUGCAGGCUGUUCAUUGCCGCCUCACAGUUUGAUCACUGGUUCUUAUGACGGUGAAAUUGUCAUCUGGAACACCAAUUCUGAGUUGGCUGCCCGAAGGAUGACCCAGCGCUGCAAAAAGCAUUGCACAGACCAAAACCGCGAUUUUCUUUACAACAUCUCGCGACUCGUCCUCCUACAAACUCGAAAGCAUAUUACCUCCGGUAUGCACCGAGGUGCGAAUCUGGUUUCCUGUGGCGGGAAUGGAAUCGUGCGCUUUUGGAAUGCAUAUUCCUGUAUCUUGGUGGGUGAAUAUGUCGCUCAUGAAGGGGGUAAGUAUUAUGACUUCAAACUUGGUUUUAUACCACAUACGUAUUAA